AUGCCUCUCUCUAUGUCAUUGCAGGCAAAGGACAGUGAUGAUGAUGAUGAAGUCACCGUCAGUGUGGACCGGGACCGCUUCAUGGAUGAAUUCUUUGAGCAGGUGGAAGAAAUUCGAGGGUUCAUCGACAAAAUUUCAGAGAACGUGGAGGAAGUGAAGAGGAAGCACAGUGCCAUUCUGGCUUCACCCAACCCUGAUGAGAAAACAAAGGAGGAGCUGGAGGAGCUGAUGUCUGACAUAAAGAAGACAGCGAACAAAGUGCGCUCCAAGCUAAAGAGUAUUGAGCAGAGUAUUGAACAAGAGGAAGGGCUCAACAGGUCCUCUGCUGACCUGCGGAUAAGGAAAACUCAGCACUCGACGCUGUCGCGCAAGUUCGUGGAGGUGAUGUCGGAGUACAACGCCACGCAGACCGACUACCGGGAGCGCUGCAAGGGCAGGAUCCAGAGGCAGCUGGAGAUCACUGGCAGGACCACCACCAGUGAGGAGCUGGAGGACAUGCUGGAGAGUGGCAACCCAGCCAUCUUCUCCUCUGGGAUCAUUAUGGAUUCAAACAUCACCAAGCAAGCACUGAAUGAGAUCGAGACACGGCACAGUGAGAUCAUCAAACUGGAGAACAGCAUCCGGGAGCUGCAUGACAUGUUCAUGGACAUGGCCAUGCUGGUGGAGAGCCAGGGCGAGAUGAUCGACCGCAUCGAGUACAACGUGGAGCACUCGGUGGACUACGUGGAGCGGGCAGUGUCGGACACCAAAAAGGCAGUGAAGUACCAGAGCAAAGCCAGACGGAAGAAGAUCAUGAUCAUCAUCUGCUGCGUGAUCCUGGGCAUCGUCAUUGCCUCCACCUUCGGCGGGAUCUUCGGCUAG